AAAUACUUAUGUCUUAACUUGAUUAUGUCUAAGCUUCACAUGAGUAUGUAGGAGGGGUCAUGCACAGUGCACAGAGCCCAUAUCAGAUCAGAUCAGUGCAAAAAAAGAAGUGAAAACUGAGAAGCUUCUCUGGCCAUGGGAGGGACGUGUUACAUCUGACGUAAGAUCCGCAAACUUGCCCCGAAAUCAAAGGCAGAAACAUUUUCAAAUACCAUUAAAGAGGGCUGAGGUAAAGCGCAUCACUCUGUGGCACAACUCUUGUACCGAAUCUGUGGAGAUCUCUUGUACUGGACAGGGGCUCGUAGAGAGCAAAGAAAAUCUUUGUGGAGAUACACAGACUGAGAGUUAGGGAACUUUCAUCGGAGUAAACCUCUCUACUUUUCACUGGCUUCGACGUCUUCUACCAGUCUACUGUUGCUCAGCUGUCAACAUGGUUUGCCCUAACAAAUGCCCUAAAGGUCAAUACAUGCCAACAUCAUCUACCUGUGAGUGUAAAGCCUGUCCUGAUGGUCAGUUCACCGCAGAAGAAAACAGCUUUCAUAAAUGCAGAACAUGUGAAGUCUGCAACAAAAAGGACUUCAAGCAGGCAAACAGUACGUGUAAGGCAGACAGAGAUACGCACUGUGUGUGCCUGGAGAAAUACUACUGCACAGACCCUAAUCCAGAAAUCAGCUGCACACACUGCGUAGCGCGUCUUCAAUGUGACCCCGGGGAGGGUGCAGUCAACUAUGGAGCUCCAGGAAACACCAUCUGCGAACCUUGUCCCGAGGGAUUCUUUAGCAAUGUCAAAAGCUAUAAACCCUGUUUUCCGCACACCAACUGUACUGCAGUAGGGCGGGAAGUCAAGGUGGCUGGUACCCCAAAUUUAGACGCAGUGUGUGGCAAUCACCUGUGUGCCCACCCUGCCCACUACUGGAUGCUACCCACGGGCUUGUGGUUGGGGCUAAUCGUUUCUGUCAUCAUCGCCAUCAUCGCAGCCUACGUUUACUGGAAGGUGAUGCGCCAAUCAAGACGCCCGGAUAGUGCUUCAGAGGACCUCAUCGUGAGGUUUUCUCCUGUGCGGGCCCCUGACAUAUUGCCGCCACCCAACGAACUUUAUAAGAAUAAAUGCAACGAGGCUCAACCACUCAACCACUGUGCGGUGGAGACCAGCUCAAUCUCCUGUGACUGCACCGUGGAAUGUGAUGGCCCUGCAUCGCCCAUGAUGACAUCACCAACCUCCCCAAUGAGACUCACCCCAUUGGCUGCCACCUGCGGAGCAGCAGGGGACAGCAUUGUUUCCAACGUCUGUCAAUCAGAGCCGCAGGAAGAUGAGUGGACUGGAGCCUAACCGCUGGCAGACAGGGCCCGCCCCCCCACCCCCCCUCACCUCCUGCCCCAGCCUUCACACUAACCCGACCAGCUGUGGAGCACUGGCUCACUAAUAUGUGUGUUCAUGUUAUUAACAUGGGCCAUGUGAGUGGAUCAACAUUUUCUCCUCAGUUGAAUGAAGAAUGAAGGACGUAGCAUUUCUGGGUUAAAGCUGAGACUGUAUGGAGGAUGCCUUUGGCUAACUGGACAUGUCAUGACACUGGCCCUAGAACCAUGGACACAGAGGAUUGAUGGAGGAAGUGCGCCUGCUCAGUGCUAGAAAGGGACAGACUAUUAGACGGGGUGCAACAGACAACACAGAAUAGCGCAAUGUCAAAGUCAAAUCACUUCUCUGACCAGAGGAAGUGUCCAUGUGUGUAUUUAAAUCAGCGACUGCAAAUGUUCCUGUUUUUUCCCGUACUGUGUUUUCUCUGUGUAUGUUUUAUACAUUUUUUUUUUUUAAUAAACCUCUCAAAUA